UCUCUGCUUAGUAUAGAGAGCUGUUGUUGUUAGGAAACAAAUCAAGCAAAAAAAAAAAAAAAAAUUGGAAAUCAAAAUAAUGCACACAGAAAAUGACUGAUUUAUGUGGUUCAAUAAACAAUGCAUAUGUUCACACUGAUAUAGGUUUCUUAUUAAUUUUUAGGGUUAUAAGAUACAAGAGAUAUACAUAUUUAUAUAUGUAGUUCUAAAUAAACUCUCAUUAAACUUAGGUCCGAGGGGCUCACCCCCUUGACCCUUGGCUGCGAGGGCUACACUCCCACUUAUGUCUUUUAGGCAUGAUCAAACAACAUAGUCAAAAAAUUGUUGGAGUAUAGUGGGUAUUACUGCUAUGGUUUCUUGGUGUGCCGAGUUAGAUAUUUUCAAUUGAAUAUUUGAUGCCAAGAUCAGCUGAAAAUUCUGGGUGGUACUCUGGUUUUUGAUGUUAAGGUAUCUUGUUAUUGUUAUAAAUUCAUGCUAGUAAGAUUUCUUUUGCAUCCUCUUUAUGCUUUUUUUUUUCUAAACUUCUGAAUGGAUUGUUAGAUUACUUCAUUGUUGCUGCUUUGUCGAUGCAACAUUUAAAAGAGUCUCAACAUAUGAGAAUCUUCAUUUUUCCUUGUCUGCUAAGUUGUAUGAACAUUUGUCACGCCUGCCACUUCAAUUUCGUAAGUUUCUCGAUGACUCUCUGAGUUUCGUCUAGGUCUAGGAUAGUUAAAUACCACAAGGAAGAAGAAUAUUAUUAGCUCUUAGCUGAUUGUGGCAGAUACUUUGAUGGUAUGUUGGACAUUGGUUAAAUAUAAUCAAGGUGGUUCACUAGCAUUGUUUUCAGUCUGCUUAUGAUCUUAACUCUUAAGCAAAGCAGGGUCUGUGCCAAAAAUAAAUAUUGAAUGGAUUACUUCUAUUCAGGUUAUUAAAAAGGUCUGGAGUCGCCCCAUCAUUAUCAUGUUUAUUGUGAACUUACAGAUGAAGUAUUGGAGUAGUUCAUUCUGGCAACUUGGCUUCACAUCGUCUGUUGCAGUCAUUUUCUCGUUGAAGCCAGACCCCAUUUUUUUUUUUUCCAUGAAUCUUGUUGUGUAAAUUAUAAUUUGAACCAAUUUAUAGUUGAAAGUUUUCAUAGGUAAGUUAUUAACGACUUAAUGAAAGCCUAUAUUUUAAAUUACAUUCUUAAUGCGCAUAUUAUGUACUGCUUUGCUAUGAAAAUUUCUGAAGAUCCUGCAAUUACAAGGAAUAUGCACACUACGGAGUAUAUGAACCGGAUUGAGCCUAAACAUCUUCUGAUUCGAGUUCUGUUUGAAUAAAAAAUGGUUUGACUUGAUUAUGUUCGAGUUUGGUUUAUGACUUGAUUUGAAUUCAUGAUUUGAGUUCAUGGUUUAUUGAUAAAAUUAUUUUAAUCAAAUAAUUGACAAAAACGGUGAUGUUUUUAUACAUAAGUUGUGAACUCAAACCAUAAAUCAAAAUUACGAAUUUGAAUCACUAAUUUUAGUCAUAAAUUUGAGUGGAGUCAUGUUAAAAAUUGAAGUUUAGUUUGAUUUAAAAAAUAAAUCAAAUCUUUUAAUUUGAAGCCGUUCAAAUUUGAACUUAAUGAAUGUGACUCAAACUAAGUUGAGUCAUGGGUCAGUUUGGUUUAGAGCCACAAAGCCAAAACCUCUGCCAAACCCUUCUUCUCCUGUUUCUCAGAAAUCGCUCAUUUCUGAAGAGAGUGGUAGGUCUGGCUUUGUGACCCUCUAAUGGGUUUGACCCGUAUGGUUCGUUGAUCACUUCAGGGAAGCGAUCACAACAUGGGUAUUCUUUAAAUUUGUUUGAAUGUCCGAUUUGUGGGCAGGCUUUUAGGACUGAAGAAGAGGUUUCUUUACAUGUUGAGAGUUGUGUGAAUAAUAGUAAUAAUAGCAGUUCAACUGAUGAUAGAAAUAAUAAUGGUCAUACUGAUGGUGUUUUGGGUGAGUCUAGGAGUUAAUUGGAGACUUGUGUUGGUGUGUUUUUGUCUGGGAAGCCAAAGGAAGGGUCAGUUGAAGUGGUGCGGAAAUUGUUGGGUAAUGUAGUGAAGGAGCCGGAGAAUACCAAGUUUAGGAGACUUCAGAUGAGUGAUCCAAAGAUCAGGAAGGCAGUUGGCAACGUUCCUGGAGCAGUUGAGUUACUGAAGUUUCUUGGGUUUGAAUUGAAGGAAGAAAGCGGGGAAAUGUGGGCAGUAAUGGAGGUUCCUGAUGAGGAGAGGAUUGGUUUGAUUGGUAAGGUAGUGGAGUUGUUGUUGGUUCCAAAAAAGGUUGAAGUGCCUCGCAAAUUUGAGAAGUUGAAGGAGGAGGAAGCUAAGGAUGAGACCGUGGAACACAUUGAGCCGAUCAAGGUUGAUAGACAGGGAACACCGCAGGUUAAUGAUUUAGGAAGGAUGUUUACUUGAGUGUUUGUUGUCUGAUUUUAUAUGAGGUUUUAAACAUGGUAGCACAAUAAUCGUAUGACAAAUUGAAAUUUUCAGCAGGUUUUUGUAUCCCACAUUUUUGUCUUUUGAAGCUUGCUAAGUCAAAUUUUACAAAAAAAAAAAUUCCUAAACAGCUGAUUAAACCAAAUAGAAUAUAUGUUUUACAGUUCAAUUACAAAGAUAAGAAACAAUGUUGUACAGUUCAAUGUUUUACAGUUCAAUUUUUGUCUUACAUGUUACAUGUGUUUGUUGAUUGUUCUACCAUUUAAGAGAAGCCACACAGUGUGUGAUGAGUGGCAGAUUAACAUAUUGUAAAAUAAAUGGCUAUUUACCAUUUAAGAGAAGUCACACAUAGUAUGAAUUAGAAAUCCUUCUUUGUCUUGAGGGAAAAUUUCUAUCAAAGUUUGACUAUUUAAAAGUAAAUGUCUGAUCACUACUCUCCUAAAUCAUUUUUAGACAUGUAAGAGGGCAGUGAUCAAAUAUAUAAUAGAACAAUCUAACUUUAAUUGGAUUUGGCCCACAAGAUAAAGAAAGAUUUGUAAUUUAACUGGAUUAGGCACACAAUAAGUUGGCUUUAAUCGAUUUUCAAAAUUUUAGAGUAGAUUAAAAUUUCUGUAUGUGUUUCAAAUUUUGCCACGAGACAGUUCUUUAAAAGUUUGAAAGUAGAUUAAAGUCAAUUUAAUGUGUGCCUUAUUUGGUUCCUUCUCUUCUAUUUGAACUAGAAAUAUUCUUAUAUCUUUUGAAUCAAAUCCAAUCAAAAUUCAAUUGUUCAAGUAAAUGUCCAACUAUUGCCCUCCUGCAUCAUUCUAGACUUCAAAAUAAGUUUUUAUGCACUUGUCUAGGAAUGAUGUAGAAUUGCUGUUUGUAGUCUAAGAUCAAAUAUAAGGGUAAUGGUCAAACAUUUACUUAAACAAUCGAACAUGGGAUUGGCUGCUCACAAGAUGAAGGAAGAUUGCUUUUUCAAGUAGAAAAGGAGUGAACCAAAUUAGAUACAAAUUAAAAUAUGCUUUAAAGAUUUGAAAGUUUGUCCACCUGCCUUGUCUAAAAGAUACUUGAAUAUAGUGGAGUAUAUUUAUCUUAUUUUUUCCAAACCCACUUUCCCCUUCAAUUACCAUUUGUGAAAACAAGUUUGGACAAGGGGACAGCAUAAUUUACUCCAUUGACAUUUUUAACCCAAAGAACUCAUAUUUCAUGGUUUAUCCAUGCAUGGAAAUUGAAGACAAAUUCUGAUGAUUUUCAGGAAAACUAAAUAAGAAAAUGCAACGUGCUAUUAUUGGAUAUCUUAAUCAUACAUUUGGUUUGAAGUUAUAUACAUCAGGAAAUCUAAGGCUUAGACUAGGAACUGAAUACGACUAGGAGUACCAAAUUCAAAGUUGUUUUGAAGAGAUCAUUUGGAAGGAUUUCCAUAGAGGUUGGCUUGAGGGAUUGUGAUGCCUAGAAUCUGAACAGAAUUUGCAGUAUCAUUGCCCCUGAAAUAUCUCUUUACAUUUCCAAUUAAAUGAAUGUGUCAAUUUUGAGGAUUUUCCACCACCAUUGACCUUAAAUAUAUGUAUACUCUCUUGCUAAGACAAAGAGAUGACGUCUUCCUGACACUGAAGUUUAAUGCUAAUAUUUGAACAGAACUGGGCAUAUCAUUAUUCCUAUAACCAACAGAUUCUUCAAUUGAAUGAAAUUCCAAUUUAGAGAAUUUUCUUGAGUAUUCGUGCUCGAUGUUUAAGUAAUGCCUGAGAUCUUGUCUUGUAAAAAAAUCCAUAAAACGAGACAAGAGGAUUUGCUGGAGAGCUACCUACCACUAAUGUUUUUGAUAUGAUUAUGUGGGGUGAAUUGCUCAGUUUGUAACAUCAAAGUCAAUUAUUUGAUUUUUGGUUGAAUUUAUCAAAUUGCUUUCCCAGUGCAUUUUUGGACCAUCAUUUUCGCCGAAAUUGGCUAUAAAUUUCAUUGGCUCAAGCAUUGUCUAGAAGAGUUUCCAAAACUUCAUCAAACUAUAUUAUAAUCUAUCUUAUUUUUUAGCAGACUCUUUAAACCACUCAUUGCCUGCUCUUUGAUCUCCGAGAUUAGUCUUGAAUAUAAUGUGCAUGGCCGUGAUAUUAUCUGCGAUAUGUGCUUUGUGAUGCACAUGUAAAUCUAACAGUGUUCCCUAUAUUAUUGCUCUGUGAGUGUAGUAGGUUUUUUUUAUAUUUAAUAAAAUCCCCUUUAAAUUAUUUGUGUUUUCUUUUAAAUUAUCUGUCAACAUGUCCUGUAACGAUGUAUCGUGAAAGUAUAUGAAAUAAUCAUUUAUAUGGUUAUUU